CAGCUUAACAUAGGCUCAUCAUCAGCACCCUGAAACACUAACUCUGAAUGAAUGUAGCGUAUUAUUUCUAAUAGCUAUAACACGUCCGAAAAGCAACAGUACAGUGUUGGAGUAGCUUUGAGUGACAGCUUGGUCUGUCUGAGAUGAGUAAAAUGAGGCAGAGAGGAGGAGAAGCAGGACUGACACGGAGCUGCCUCAGUGAGCGAGGCGCGCAUUGUGCUCCGAGCAGGAGAGAAGGAGGCGCGCCGCUCCUCUCCAUCACAUUUCACUUUCCAAACACUGACGGCAGAACAAAGGAGCCACCAUGUAGAGUCCGCCAGGUAACACUCGCAUUAUCUCGGACCAGACCGUUUCUUCUUUGAGCGAUCCAAGCACUGAUUGCUCCGCUUCGGAAACGUGUCCACGGGAGUUUAUCGAUCCAUCCAUCCUGGAGGAGACGCGCUGCUCGUUGGAUGGAGGCGGGCUCCUGCUUUCUCUCUCUCUCUCUCUCUCUCUCUCUCUCUGACACCUGCGGACUCGGUGUUCAUUAAAACUCUCCAUGUUUCGACUUUGAAGGGAGUUCAUCUCCUUUUUGAUGCCAGUUCUUUUUGAGAGCAGUCACAUCUAAACGAAGCCUUUGUCCAACCUUCUGCUUCGUAAUGGCAACCGGAGUAGCUGCAUGGCUUCCUUUUGCCAGGGCUGCGGCCAUUGGCUGGAUGCCUGUGGCCAACUGUCCCAUGCCCAUUGCUCCGAGAGACAACAGCAGAAAACAAGAUGAGCUGAUAAUCCUUAAUGUCAGCGGACGGCGCUUUCAAACAUGGAGAACAACGUUGGAUCGAUACCCCGACACUCUGCUGGGCAGCUCAGAGAAGGACUUCUUCUACAAUGAGGAAACAAAGGAGUACUUUUUUGAUCGAGACCCUGAUGCCUUCAGGAGCAUCCUUAACUUCUACCGAACAGGAAAGCUCCACUACCCCCGUCAUGAGUGCAUCUCGGCCUACGACGAGGAGUUGAUCUUCUUCGGAAUCAUACCUGAGAUCAUCGGUGACUGUUGCUAUGAAGAGUACAAGGACAGGAAGAGGGAGAACUUGGAGCGGCUGCAGGACGACCAGGAGGAAAACAAAGAUCUGAAGCAGCCCAACUUGAACUUCAGAGAGACUAUGUGGCGCGCCUUUGAGAAUCCCCACACCUCCACCUUGGCCCUGGUCUUCUACUAUGUCACCGGCUUCUUCAUUGCCAUCUCAGUCAUCACCAAUGUGGUGGAGACUGUCCCCUGUGGUACUACCACCAACCAAAAAGACAUGCCAUGCGGUGAACGUUACACCGUCGCGUUCUUCUGCAUAGACACUGCAUGCGUCAUGAUAUUCACGGUGGAGUACCUGCUGCGCCUGUUUGCCGCACCCAGCCGUUACCGCUUCAUGCGCUCUGUGAUGAGCAUUAUCGACGUGGUGGCCAUCUUGCCAUAUUACAUUGGCCUUGUGAUGACCAACAACGAGGACGUGAGUGGCGCCUUUGUGACUCUGCGGGUUUUCCGAGUGUUUCGCAUCUUCAAGUUUUCCCGCCACUCCCAGGGGCUUCGAAUCCUGGGCUAUACGUUGAAGAGCUGUGCCUCGGAGCUGGGCUUUCUCCUCUUCUCGCUCACCAUGGCCAUCAUCAUCUUCGCUACGGUCAUGUUUUAUGCAGAGAAGGGCUCCAGCUCCAGCAAGUUUACCAGCAUCCCAGCUUCGUUCUGGUACACCAUUGUCACCAUGACCACAUUAGGCUACGGAGACAUGGUCCCGAAGACAAUUGCUGGAAAGAUCUUUGGCUCCAUCUGCUCCCUGAGCGGCGUGCUGGUGAUUGCUCUUCCCGUCCCUGUCAUCGUGUCCAACUUUAGCCGCAUCUACCACCAGAACCAGCGGGCAGACAAACGUCGAGCUCAGAAGAAAGCCAGACUGGCCAGGAUAAGAAUAGCCAAGUCUGGCAGCGCCAACGCCUUCCUCCAGAGCAAGCACAACGGACUCCUCAACGAGCUGCUGGAGCUGACGGGUUCAGAAGAAGAUGAGCAGAAGCUGAUAAAGUCCACCUCCCUGUUAGAGAGCCAACACCACCACCUGCUGCACUGUCUGGAGAAAACUACAGCCCAUGAGUUUGUGGAUGAGCAGGUGUACGAGCAGAACUGUUUGGAAACAGCACUGCAGACCUAUCCAUCACACAGUCCCUCAAUAGCCAGCCACAACAGUCCUGCGGUGACCUGCUGUGGCGCAAGUGGAAAGAAAAAUACUCCACUGCCCAAUGCCAACCUGCCCCUUGCGAACCCACUCCCAUCACACCGGGGCCCGCUGCAGGAGCUCAGCGCUCUUCACAUACAGAGCGCUGACCCACUGUCACACACAAGCAGCCGCUCAAACCUCAAUCUGAGAACUGACGAGAGCAAAAGGGUCAACUGCAAAAGCGGCCGCAUCACUACGGCCAUCAUCAGCCUCCCUAGGCCUCCCGCUUUGGCCCCUGACGCUGACGGCCUCCACGGGCCACCGCAGAGAAGGCCGCCGCCGCCUCUGGGUCACCCAGCGGCUCCCAGCAUCCAGACCACAACAAGCUCCGCUGGUACCAACAUCGUCAAAGUCUCAGCUUUGUGAUUCCCAGCUGGGCUGAUGUCACUCAGCAGGAGGCAGAGAAGGGACAGAGGAGGUAACACAACAGCUGUUGUUGAAUGCACUGUGUCCCCUGCUCACAGGGUCGGCGAUCAAAGAGCUGUGCUCCAGAACUGAGGAGAAAUCACUCGUGGACUUUAGAAAUUUGAACUGAGAAUGUCGCACUUGUCAUUUUGUGUAUGUACUGUAGAUACGGAGAGACUUGAUGCAUUUCUAAUAGUUUCUUAAAUCAGAUGUCUUACUGGUAAAAAAAAAGAAAAGAAAAAGAACAAAAGUUGUGCAGUUAGAGCCUCAGCACAGGCUGACACAAGCUAAGUUUAAAAUGAAAUCAUCACAAUGAUAUUUGACUUUAAAUAUUAAAGACAGAUAAAGAUGUUGAUUGUGUUUAUUGUAAUUUUAUUGCUCUUGUUUGUGCUCUGUGUUGUUGUGUUAAAGUACUUUUGGCCUCAGAGAUGUAUUAGAAGUUUUCUUUAUUCUUUCAAUUCACAUUGCCCAAAGCUGCUGACUGUCUUAGUUCCCUUGGAUUGGACUCUAAAUUCUUCAAACUCAAGGAAAUGUCUAAGAAAGUGUAACAGUAAACAUUGAUGG